GCGACAAUGAGAUUGUUCUUUGUGUUUGCGAUUCUCUUUGGCUUUUACAGUGUGGUCUAUGGAAAAGGUUCUUUAGCUAUCGAUAUGAAACUGAAGGCUCUUAAUAAACAUGCGUUGAAGACCAUCAAGAGUGAAGAUGGAGAUAUAAUAGAUUGUAUUGAUAUCUAUAAACAACAUGCCUUUGAUCAUCCCGCUUUAAGAAACCACAAAAUUCAGAUGAAACCAAGUGUCGAGUUUGGUGCAAUGAAGACUACUAUUCCAAACAACGGUUCUGAUGAACAAAUAACGUCUCAGAUUUGGUCCAAAUCUGGAGACUGUCCUACUGGGACAAUACCGGAGGCAGUGCUUAUCGCCCUAGGGUACAAUUAUCUUGGCGCUCAAUCCGAUAUAAAUGUGUGGAACCCUCCGAGGGUUCAGGCCAGCGAUUACAUCUCUUCUCAGAUAUGGCUACUUGCUGGACUCUCAGAUACGUUUGAAAGCAUAGAAGCUGGUUGGGCGGUGAAUCCAAGCGUUUUCGGGGACUCACGCACACGUCUCUUCACCUAUUGGACUAAAGAUGGAUAUGAUCAAACAGGGUGCUUCAACCUCUUAUGUUCUGGUUUUGUACAAACAAGUACUAAGUUUGCCUUAGGUGGAGCAAUAGAACCCGUUUCGACUCCCUCGCAAAAACAAUAUUACUUCACAGCCAGCAUGUCCUUGGAUACAGGCAACGGGAAUUGGUGGCUUGUUUACGCAAACCACGUGGUAGGUUAUUGGCCAGGGUCACUCUUUAGUUACCUCAAACAUAGCGCAACUGCGGUGCAGUGGGGUGGAGAAGUCCAUAGUCCUAACGUGCGGAAGAAGCCGCACACAAGAACUUCAAUGGGGAGUGGACAAUGGGCAUCUUACUUGUGGGCCGAAGCUAGUUACCACACAAACAUUAGGGUCAAGGACAAUUCUUUGCAGAUAAAAUACCCCACGUAUCUAUCCGAGUACGCUGAUGAGUACAACUGUUAUUCUACAAAGCUGUAUCGGACAACGUAUAAGUCAGAGCCUCACUUUUACUUUGGAGGACCUGGCCAGAAUUCUCGUUGUCCUUAA